CAGGGAUAGACACGUGUGGCUGGCACCGCAGGAGCCCAGGGCACCAGCUUGGGACCUUCUCCGCUUCACCAUGCCGCCCCCCUCGGACAUCGUCAAGGUGGCCAUAGAGUGGCCCGGCGCCUACCCCAAACUCAUGGAGAUCGACCAGAAAAAACCGCUGUCAGCGAUAAUAAAGGAAGUCUGUGAUGGGUGGUCCCUUGCCAACCAUGAAUACUACGCACUGCAACAUGCUGACAGCUCCAACUUCUACAUCACAGAAAAGAAUCGCAAUGAAAUAAAAAAUGGCACCAUCCUUCGACUAACCACGUCUCCGGCCCAGAACGCCCAGCAGCUCCACGAGCGCAUCCAGUCGUCCAGCAUGGACUCCAAGCUGGAGGCCCUGAAGGACCUGGCCAGCCUGUCCCGGGACGUCACCUUCGCCCAGGAGUUCAUAAACCUGGACGGCAUCUUCCUGCUCACGCAGAUGGUGGAGAGCGGCACCGAACGAUACCAGAAGCUGCAGAAGAUCAUGAAGCCGUGCUUUGGAGACAUGCUGUCCUUCACCCUGACGGCCUUCGUUGAGCUAAUGGACCAUGGGAUCGUGUCCUGGGAUACAUUCUCGGUGGCAUUCAUCAAGAAGAUAGCAAGUUUCGUGAACAAGUCAGGCAUGGACGCCUCGAUUCUGCAGCGGUCCUUGGCCAUUCUGGAGUCAAUGGUGCUCAACAGCCACGACCUCUACCAGAAGGUGGCACAAGAGAUCACCAUCGGCCAGCUCAUCCCACAUCUUCAAGGGACAGAUCAGGAAAUCCAAACUUACACCAUCGCAGUGAUCAACGCCCUCUUCCUGAAGGCUCCCGAUGAGAGGAGGCAGGAGAUGGCGAACAUUCUGGCUCAGAAGCAGCUGCGCUCCAUCAUCCUAACGCACGUCAUCCGAGCUCAGCGGGCCAUCAACAAUGAAAUGGCACAUCAGCUGUAUGUGCUCCAGGUGCUGACCUUCAACCUGCUGGAGGACAGAAUGAUGACCAAGAUGGACCCCCAGGACCAGGCUCAGAGGGACAUCAUAUUUGAGCUUCGAAGAAUUGCUUUCGAUGCGGAGUCUGAACCCAACGCCAGCAGCGGCAGCAUGGAGAAGCGCAAGUCCAUGUACACCCGGGAUUAUAAGAAGCUUGGCUUCAUUAAUCAUGUCAACCCUGCCAUGGACUUCACCCAGACCCCCCCUGGGAUGCUAGCCCUGGACAACAUGCUCUACUUUGCCAAGCAGCACCAGGACGCCUACAUCCGGAUCGUGUUGGAGAACAGCAGCCGAGAAGACAAGCACGAGUGUCCCUUUGGCCGCAGUAGCAUCGAGCUGACCAAGAUGCUGUGUGAGAUCCUGAAAGUGGGCGAGCUGCCCAGUGAGACAUGCAACGACUUCCACCCAAUGUUCUUCACCCACGACAGAUCCUUCGAGGAGUUCUUCUGCAUCUGCAUCCAGCUCCUGAACAAGACAUGGAAGGAGAUGAGGGCGACUUCUGAAGACUUCAACAAGGUAAUGCAGGUGGUGAGGGAGCAGGUUAUGAGAGCUCUUACAACCAAGCCUAGCUCCCUGGACCAGUUCAAGAGCAAACUGCAGAACCUGAGCUACACGGAGAUCCUGAAAAUCCGCCAGUCCGAGAGGAUGAACCAGGAGGACUUCCAGUCUCGCCCAAUUCUGGAGCUCAAGGAGAAGAUUCAGCCAGAAAUCUUGGAGCUGAUCAAACAGCAGCGUCUGAACCGCCUCGUGGAAGGGACCUGCUUUCGGAAGCUCAACUCCAGGCGGAGGCAAGACAAGUUUUGGUAUUGCCGGCUCUCACCAAACCACAAGGUCCUGCACUAUGGAGACUUGGAAGAGAGUCCUCAGGGAGAGGUGCCCCACGAUUCCUUGCAGGACAAACUGCCGGUGGCAGACAUCAAAGCGGUGGUGACGGGGAAGGACUGCCCUCACAUGAAAGAGAAAGGUGCCCUUAAACAAAACAAGGAGGUGCUCGAACUCGCCUUCUCCAUCUUGUACGACUCCAACUGCCAACUGAACUUCAUCGCUCCUGACAAGCAUGAGUACUGUAUCUGGACGGACGGGCUGAACGCCCUGCUGGGGAAGGACAUGAUGAGCGAGUUGACGCGGAACGACUUGGACACGCUGCUCAGCAUGGAAAUCAAGCUCCGCCUCCUGGACCUGGAAAACAUCCAGAUCCCCGACGCACCCCCUCCCAUCCCCAAGGAGCCCAGCAACUAUGACUUUGUCUAUGACUGCAACUGAAGCGGCUGGCCCCGAAGCGACCCCCGAACCCGGAAAACCUCGCUGCCGGAGAGGAGAGAGCGCGCCCACGCCUUGGAGUCUCUCGUGCUAAGGGAAGCUGUGGCCCACCCUUCCUUCGGCCUCGCCUCCAGCCCCGCCGUUCCUCUGCCCCCACCUGGCAUCUCGCUCACCGCCCUGAUUCUGUUUCUAGACGCCAUUGCUUUAGGUCGCCUCCCGUUGCUGCAGCCUACUGGUGGGACAAGAGCAAAACCAGCCACCAGUAAGCGCCAGAGGGCCCCUCCAUCCCGAGGCCCCGCGGGCACAUCCUCUCUCCUGGAGGAUGGAAGCCAGCAGCUCUGGUCUGCCCCAGCCAGCCCGCCAGCCCGAGGGAGCGCCCCAAGCAAGGCUUGUGUCUUCAAGAAACAGCCCAGCUACUUGCGAAGACCAAGCGCCACCGCCUCGUUCCCUGUCCCUAGAGUCAGCUCCCACCGCCAGUCCCAUGUGAACUAAGUCUGCUUUCAGAUCCGCGCCCUCCUCUGUCCCCGCCUCUGCCUGGCCCUGUUCC